UUAAACACAUUCCUUGUCUGGGAGGAGUUCCUCUGUCUAUCAAAUCUACUAUGCUACCUUCCCCCCCCUCUUCUUAUGCUGCUACAAGUAGAAUGUUAUCUGAUUAAGCAACAAUGGCAUUUGUGAAGAGCGGAUGGCUGCUCCGGCAAAGUACUAUUUUACGGCGUUGGAAGAAGAACUGGUUUGACCUGUGGUCUGAUGGCCGCUUAAUAUUCUAUGAUGAUCAAAAUCGCCAUGAUAUAGAAGAUAAAAUCCACAUGCGAAUCCAUUGCAUCAACCUCAGAGUGGGGAAUGAAUGUCGAGAUUUCCAGCCUCCAGAGGGGAAGCAAAGAGACUGUUUACUGCAGAUUGUUUGCCGUGAUGGGAAGACAGUCAACCUCUGUGCAGAGAGUGCAGAUGACUGUCUGGCAUGGAAAAUUGCUCUCCAGGACGCCAGAACAAACACAGGCUACAUGGGAUCUGACGUGAUGCAUGACGAGACAGCCAUUUCCUCAGCCCCUCCUCCCUACACAGCUUAUGCCACACCAUCACCUGAGGUUUAUAGCUAUGGCUAUGAUCAGUACCAUGGUGCAUAUCCCCCUACUGGUCCUCAGGUCUUCUAUGCCUCCAGCGGACAAGCUUAUGCUGUUCCCUCUCAGUAUGCAUACCAAGGACCUUAUGGCCAACCCCCUGCAAACCAUGUCAUCAUUCGAGAGCGUUACCGUGACAGCGAUGGAGACCUUGCACUGGGCAUGCUUGCUGGAGCAGCGACUGGAAUGGCUUUGGGAUCAUUAUUCUGGGUCUUCUAGAUUACCCGCUCCUUAUCUUUGUAGUUCCAAAAACCUUUAUUGUGUGCAAUAAUAUAUUGGCAAUGUUGUUUACUGUUAAACUUUAAGAAAUGCAAUAGUUAUUUCUCAGUAGUGACAUCUUAAUAACUGAUUCUUAACUGUCCUAAGGAGAGUUUAAAGGCACCGUUUAGUUAAGUGGUUGGAGACAGCAUGUGCUGCUUUUGAAUUCUGUUCUCAUGUUUGGAGUUACAAAGAUUUGUACUGAUAAGGAUCAACAUGAGCACCAAUGUAACAUGGUAGCAGUCACUAGCUUUAUGAACAGGCUGUUAUUGUAAACACCGUAGAAAAAGUGGAUUUUGGGGGGGGUCUAAAAUCUGGUCCAAAUAGGAGGUUUACAGGAGCCCUGCAUUAGUAUAUAUGUACUACUGGCUUCUGAACAUUCCCUGGACAAACACACAGCUCAGCAGAAACUCCUUGGCAUUAGGUACUCUGCCAUGCUUGAGGAUUUUUUUGUUUUCAAACUUGCCUGCAGAUGAUAGUGUAUUUUCUUAGAUGGAGUCCUAUACCUGCCUCUCACACCAUCCAGGUGACGUUGUGUUUGAGAACGUAUAAGCAAACCGCUAAGAAGCGGCAGCACUCCUCAGUUCUUUUAUUCUCCCAGAAAUGUGAAUGACCAGUGGCAAGGAAGACCAAUGUUUGUUGUUCCACCUCCCUCUUUAUCCUGAAUCUCUCUUCUCUGGUCAGAUGGAAGUAAUGGAUCUUUAGCUUUGCACGUGGUCUUCCUUGUCUGUAGAACAGUCACCUCAGACACUGUACCAACUGCAUUGCUGACAAAAAGGCCAUUGUCUAGUGUCUCUGCUCAUUACUGCUAUCGCUCUGCGGAGUCUGCAGGAGGAAAACUAGCUUGAACAACCCUUGCCCUGUUGGGCCUACCAGAACCCCUCUGCAGGCAGUAAUAGUCAGGAGUGGAGAGACAAACAGCACAAGUAGACCUUGCACACAGGCACUUUAAUAUCAGCUGCCUUGCCAUGGCUAGGGUAGAAUGUCUGUCUCAUAGCCUCCAAGGUUUCCUGAACCAGGUUCAUUAUUUGCAACUAGUUUUGAGCACAGCCGAGCCUGGGUUUGUUCUAUGCACGCUUCCCUCUCACAUUCAUCAGGUCUCUUCUUCCCUCCAUGAUUUGUUAAGGAAAACACUCCAAGGAACCUGGUUGGCUUUGCUUGUACGUCUGGUUCCUUAUACAAUGUGCUCCUGCAGGCUGCUGUGCUAUGGACUGUAACCUGGAGUGCAACUGUUAUGUGGCCUAUUACCUUACCCUGUUAUAAUCCAUGCUGAGCUGUGCUUGGCAGGGGAAACUCUGAAGAAAUGCACAUGCUUUGUUAUUCAGGUAAAAGAGGCAGGGUGCCUAAGUUGAGUUCUUUAUAGUAAGAGGACUUAUUUUUAUACUUCCACUUUCAGCUUCCUGUAUUCAUACUGUUUUAAUAUGUUAAGUUUUUCUUAUGCUUUCAUUCAGAAGUAGGUUAAUUUCCUUAAGGUUCACGGGGUUUCAGGUAUGUCAGGAAAGAUGAAAAUAGAUGAGAACUUGCACCCACAUAAAUUUAGAUCAAGCCCCAAACUUUUUCAUUUAAUCGUAAAGCUGUCUUAGCUAUAUCCUACAUAUUUAAGCAAUAGAGGUCUUGGACAAGAGUUUGGGUAGCAGCCAGGGGAAGCACUAAGCUUUCAUGACUCUUAGGACCAACUCAACAAACUGAAAUCAUCGGAAGGAAACAGACCGAUGUAAUUUUGGAUGCAUUACUAAGAGCGGGCCUAAUCCAGGGAACGUAAACUUCUUUCAAGAAACUUUGGCUUGGAGCUGUACACCAAUGUGCAUGUGUGUCCUUUCACAGGUUAAUACAAGCUGCAUAUGUUCUGCCAGUGGUAUGUACUGAAAGGACUUGCUGGAGGUUCAAAAGAGGACUGAAGCGAAAGUUUCCUAUUGCUAGUCCAAACCAAAAGAAAUUGGAGUACACUACUGAAGUUCUCUUAGAGGCCUGGUACUCCUGAGGUCAGAAAGAGAUGGUGACUGUCUAGAACUUAAGUGAACAAACAUUUGUACCCUUUUUAAGCCUUGAGAUAACCUUGAAGCUUAUUACAGGUCUACACACUGCUGUUUAGUUUGUGCUUUGCAAUGUAACUAGUUCUGCAGAACGCCUCCAUCUCCUCUUCUCCCUGUGUGAUAUUUAGCUUGUAAGGGGUGGGGGAGAAUAAAACAAUUGAACAUCAUUGUGAUUUCUUUUGAAUUUCAUAACGAUUGUGAAAGAAUAGCACAAAGUGAAUCAGCUAGUAAUUUAUUCUAAGUUCAGAGUUUUAUUGUGUGGGUUUUUUUUUUUAAGAGCUGUUGAUCACAGCAGGGGAACGUGUCUCUUGCUCUCAGGAGGUAACUGUAUCUAGGUCCCCAGUUUCUUCAAGUGAAGUAUAUAAGGUGAAGACUGUUGAUUGCAAAACAUUCCUGGGUUGAAUUCAAAGCAAGAAAUGAUCUUUUUAAAAGUUCAAAUUGAAGUAAGUGACCAUUAAAAAAAUAACCUUACCCCUUCUCAAGGGAAAAAAAAUUUACAAAUUGAAGCUGAAAAUUCUAGUUCCAUCUUGGUAACAAUAGGCUGCGUUUAUACAAAAAUCAUGAGCUACUUUUCUAUCCUGGUAGCAUAGGCAUUUAGAAGCUAGAAAGCAAAUGUAUAAAACUGUGCUAGAACAUAAAAUUGAGACUAGUUAUCUUAUUGCAGGUGCUUGUAGCCUUUCUGAUCUCAUUGCAGAAACAGAAGUGGAAGUGUCUUGGUGCACAAAGCAGCAGCGUGGGGAUAGCCACUUGAAUUCACUGGUUGUUAAAGCUCAUAGACUUGCUUCCUGAAGACAUGGCCGUACCUCCUGUUGCUCAGAAACAGAGUGGAGGUUUGGUUGUAUCGAUGAUAAUGUCCAGCUGGACACUGAGUCAGGACUCAAUAGCCUUUUUCUGCCCAGUCCAGUACUUCAUGUGUCUGCAGUUUGUGUAGAUGCUGGUGUGAGCUGAAGGAGCAGGGCCAGAGUGGAUUUCGGGGCUUGGAGGGACUGCCAUGCCAGCUUCUGCAGAUGGGUGAUACCACAGUGAUGGGAAGAGGCAGUGGAUGCGGCAAGAUCAUUUUCAAAACAGAUUGAAAUGAUAGUCCUAAACAGGAGUUCGUUUCUGAAUGGUGCUAUUCGUGAUGCUGUGAUUCCAGUUAUACCUGCAUAGCACCCACGCACAUGCUUUCCUACAUGGGGCCCAAUACUUGACCUCCCUAAAGCUAUGGGAGGUCCACAGCCACUACAGUGCCACUGCUUUUUGCAGCGUACACUAUCAGUUAAGGAUAACUAAAUCUGUUGUAUAGCAGUUACAGUCCGUUCAGAAUUAAAUGGCAGUGCUUACAGAGGUCACGACUCUAUAUGUUCAUCUCUGACUAGUUACUUCUGGAUUCUCAGUUACAGACAGCUGGACAGAGCCAGGCUUCCAGAGGGUGGGGUGGAAAUGGUCAGCCUUCUGGUAAGUCUGACCACAUUAAAGAGGUGAACCAGGACCCUCUCCCAAAUUUUUAGUUACAUGUGAAAACAUAGCUGUUCGCUUCUUGUGCUUAUAUAUAGGGGGCUAGGGAGCCAGCCUCUUCUAGUGAGUGGGUAAAGGCUUAUGAACUAGAGAGGAAGGGUUGGAAAGUGUUUAUGUACAGAGCAAGUGCACUGGCUUUUGACAAAGACAUCUUUUCUAGUGCUGAAGCACAUUCUGAGCUGCGUCUAGAUGGAGCUACCCUAAAUGUCACACAACGCUGGCCUCAUUUUGUUUGUUUUUCAGUGGAGAGUCAAUAGGUGAUGGAACCAGCUAAGCAAGCUGGGUAAAGGAGAAAAUUCAAACCUGUGGCCCUCAAAUGUGUUUGUGGCUUUUUCUCCUCAUGAUAUGGCUAAGAUAGAUAUGUGUAAGUCAUGGAGGGUAGCAUGCAGCAAAUGUUUCCCCCCUAGAUCCUUCAUGUUCUUGUGCACUCUCUAUCUUAAUUGCUGUUUUACUGUAUGUCCUCAUUCUCAUUAUUAAUUUAUAGCAAAAUACUCUUAGCAAUAAAAUUCAUAUAUAACUG